AUGGACGAGAAAAGACCCUUCCAGCAAACCAUGUCCUCGCCUCGCUCCUUUCGCCGCAGUCGACCUGCCGUCUCAAUAGCUUUCGUCAUAGCCAUCCUAUACACUUUUUGGCUAUGGCAGCCGUUCAGGCCUAUGCUGAAUGAACCGAUCAUUGAGGUCACAAGUGAUGUCCAGACUACUGAUAGGCUUGUGCCUUUGGAGGCGCAUAUCAUGAGUAAAUGCCCUGACGCAAAGGAAGCUCUUGAGCUGCUGGUGCUACCCGUCAUGGAGCGCGUCCACGACAAGGUCAACUUCACCCUAUCUUACAUCGGCCGACCAACUGCCAACGACGGCGUCGACUGCAUGCACGGCCCUUCAGAAUGCAUGGGCAACAUCAUCGAGCUCUGCGCGCGCGAACUAUACCCCAACCCCAAGAUCAACCUCGGCUUCAUCAUGUGCCUAAGCCGCGACUACCAAGAUAUUCCCGAGCGAAGCCUCGUCGAAGAUUGUGCCCUCGAGUCCGCUAUCGAUUUCCAGCAGCUUAACGACUGCGCUGUCAAGGAGGAUGGCGCAUGGGGCGUGGGCCUCUUGCGCGACAGCAUCAAGAGGACUUCGGACGCUGGCGUGACAAAAAGUGCCACCAUUCGUCUCGACAACAAAAUCUACUGCAUCCGCGACGGCGGCGAGUGGAGCGACUGCCCCAACGGCGACGGCGUCAACGACCUCCUCAUUGCGAUCGAGAAGCUGCGCCGCCAGUCUUGA